UAUGGUCAAUCCAAGGGAAGGGGAAUCGGUAUAAAGCCACAACCACCUUGAUACUCGCGCAAAGCCCGAAAGAUCAACGUUUCGUGAAGACCACGUACCGUCUGGUUACCCGUUACUGUAUAUACGUAUAGACAUAUAUUACAAUCUUCGUAUAGUUAAACAUUGUACAGUUAAAAUAAGCGAACGCAUAACUUAUCGGGAUACCUGCAGUUGAUAGCGCGACGCGUACGGCACAAGAUAUUGGUAACUUUCAGUGUUUCAAAAUGUGCGACGACGACGUGGCCGCACUUGUCGUCGACAAUGGAUCAGGCAUGUGCAAAGCAGGAUUUGCGGGGGAUGACGCCCCGAGGGCGGUCUUCCCUUCCAUCGUCGGUAGACCCAGAUACCAGGGCAUUAUGGUGGGCAUGGGACAAAAAGACAGUUACGUGGGUGAUGAGGCCCAAAGUAAAAGGGGAGUACUGACCGUCAAGUACCCCAUCGAACACGGCAUCGUUACCAACUGGGAUGAUAUGGAAAAGAUCUGGCAUCACACGUUCUACAACGAGCUCCGAAUCGCACCGGAGGAGCACCCAGUGCUCCUAACGGAGGCUCCGCUGAAUCCAAAAGCUAACAGGGAGAAAAUGACUCAGAUUAUGUUCGAAACAUUCAAUUCACCUGCUAUGUACGUAGCGAUUCAGGCGGUCCUCUCAUUAUACGCGUCUGGACGGACCACCGGAAUUGUUUUGGACAGCGGUGAUGGUGUAUCCCACACAGUUCCCAUUUACGAAGGUUAUGCAUUGCCGCACGCAAUUUUGCGUUUGGAUUUGGCUGGCCGCGAUCUGACGGAUUAUUUGAUGAAGAUCCUUACCGAGAGGGGAUACUCCUUCACGACGACUGCCGAACGUGAGAUCGUGCGCGACAUCAAAGAGAAACUUUGCUACGUUGCUCUGGAUUUCCAACAAGAAAUGGCCACGGCAGCUGGAUCCAGUGCUUUAGAAAAGAGUUAUGAAUUACCGGACGGUCAGGUCAUCACGAUCGGAAACGAGCGUUUCCGUUGUCCCGAGGCAAUGUUCCAGCCGAGCUUCUUGGGUAUGGAAUCUUGCGGGAUACACGAAACUACCUACAAUUCAAUAAUGAAAUGCGAUGUCGACAUUCGUAAAGACCUCUACGCAAAUUCCGUCCUCUCGGGCGGCACCACGAUGUACCCAGGAAUCGCCGAUAGGAUGCAAAAGGAGAUUACAGCGUUAGCGCCGUCCACCAUGAAGAUCAAAAUAAUCGCGCCCCCGGAAAGAAAAUAUUCCGUAUGGAUCGGAGGUUCCAUCCUGGCGAGUUUAAGUACUUUCCAACAAAUGUGGAUCUCGAAGCAGGAGUACGACGAGUCGGGCCCGUCCAUCGUACAUAGGAAAUGCUUCUGAAUCCAAAAACUACCGUCGAUAACUCGAUAUACAUAUCGUGCAGCCAUCAGGAAACUUAUCUAAACACGAUUAAAUUUCUUCACUAUAAAGCUGCCCGCUACAAAUUAAUUUACAGCGUUCUAAUUGUAGUACUACCUACUUAAUAUAUAUAUUUAUAUAUUUAUUUAUUUACCAAUUGAGUAGUUGCGCCUUUUGAAAGUAACGCUUGCAUUGUUCAAAGACCCAGGGUUGUACCGUUCAACUUGUAUUCGCUGCGACUUAUCAAGGUCGACGUUGAAGUGCGUCCGUCCCUGGAUAACGGAAUAAUUUGAUUAAUUAAUUGAUAGUGUUUAGUUUUUAAAAGUUACCGUGGACGGAGAGUGCAAUCUCGGUUGCACGUUAAAUCUGGCUCGUUGAUAUAUUAAUAUCCUACAUCCGGAGCGGUCGAGAAACUCGAGCGCACCUGUUAAAUACGGAAUAAACACGAAUCCAUUCCUUA